AAAAGUAUGUUUUGUUCUAAUUUAACACGUAGGAAUUAUAUAAAUUGGAAGUUUAUUUUGAAGGCUACACCUGUACUCUUCCGGUCGCAUUUAAGCUAACCGUGUUUGUGUUGACGCGCGCAGUUGAGGCGCUACCAAGCCUUACAAAAUACAAUUUAAACGAAACCUAUGCAGCUAAAACAUCCACCGCCAUGGCACCAUAAACGGGGGGACGAAGACACGGUUUCGUGCUGGGGAGGUGACCGGAGCUGGUCAACUUUUAGUUUCGCCGUAGAGCCGUAGACGCGGUGCGGACGAAUGCUACAAUGAGCUCGGAGCACCAGAGCGACAGCGAGGACGCGGACGAGUCGCAGGACAGGCCCCACGUUGGCGCCUCCGACAAAGAGGAGGACCCCGACAUCGACGACUCGGACGAUGAAAUCCUUCCCGGGGUUUCCCCCUCGCCGCCGGGGAGCGGCGGGAUCCGGCCGGAGCGCGGCGCCAGGUCUGCGGGGUCGCAGCAGCGGGAGCCCCGCCGCGAGCCGCCCGCCGCGGCGCCGCCGCCGCAGACGGGGAGCGGCGAGGGCACCAGCGGCGAGAUCCGCCCGGGGAAUAGCCUGUUCUCCUGGUUGCAGAGCAGGACUAUAAGGCGAGGGGUGUUUGUGGACCCAGCCAGGGAGAACUUCAGGACAAUGACCAGUUUGUACUGCUCAAUGAAUCCUGCGGCGGAGUCGGUGAACCUGAGCACCCAGACCCACGGAGCGGUGUUCAACCUGGAGUACUCCCCGGACGGGUCCGUGCUGACCGUGGCCUGCGAGCAGACCGAAGUCCUGCUGUUUGACCCCAUCUCGUCCAGACACAUCAAAACCCUGACGGAGGCCCACGAGGACUGCGUCAACAACAUACGGUUCCUGGACAACCGUUUGUUCGCCACCUGCUCCGACGACACCACCAUUGCAUUGUGGGAUCUCCGGAAGCUGAAUUCAAAGGUCUGCUCGCUGCACGGCCACGCCAGCUGGGUGAAGAACAUCGAGUACGACUCCAAAACGCGCCUGCUCGUCACGUCCGGCUUCGACGGCAACGUCAUCACGUGGGACACUAACAGGUUCACAGAAGACGGCUGCCCGCACAAGAAGUUCUUCCACACCCGUUACCUGAUGAGGAUGCGUCUGACGCCCGACUGUUCCAAGAUGCUCAUCUCCACGUCCUCGGGGUACCUGCUCAUCCUCCACGACCUGGACCUCACCCAGUCCCUCGAGGUGGGAAGCUACCGCAUGCUGCGAGCACGCCGGACGCCCCUCAGCUCAGCAGACGGAGGCACGUCAGCGUCCAGGUCGGCUGGAACUCCUCGCCAGGGAAACGACUCCAGCAAGAUCCACCCUCCUCGAGAAGGCCUUCCUCCUAGAAACAGCCUGGAGGUCUUGACUCCGGAGAUCCCCGGGGAGAGAGACCGAGGGAACUGCAUCACCUCCCUGCAGCUCCAUCCGAAGGGCUGGGCCACGCUCAUCCGCUGCUCCAGCAACAUGGACGACCAGGAGUGGACGUGCGUGUACGAGUUCCAGGAGGGCGCGCCCACCCGCCCGCCGGUCUCCCCCCGCUGCUCCCUCCGCCUCACCCACUACAUCGAGGAGGCCAACGUGGGCCGGGGCUACAUCAAGGAGCUGUGCUUCAGCCCCGACGGACGGCUCAUCUGCUCGCCGUACGGCUACGGCGUCCGCCUGCUCGCCUUCGACCAGAACUGCGGCGAGCUGGUGGACUGCGUGCCCGUCCAGACCAGCUGCCUGCGGGAGGUGCGCUCCAUCUACUCGCACAGCGACGUGGUGCUCACCACCAAGUUCUCCCCGACACACUGCCAGCUGGCCUCGGGCUGCCUCAGCGGCCGCGUGGCGCUUUACCAGCCCAAGUUUUAGCCGCAGACCUGGGGGAGGAAGAAGUGUCCCCUCCCCCCACCCCCCUCCCCCUUUUUCUAUGGGUAUAAACUCCAAGCAUCUAAUAUAUGCAGACGUGUGCUGCACAAAGACUGUAUCUACGUAGUAAUAUGGCCUCCUUGGCGUCAUUUGUUAUAAGUUAUAUCAAAACCAAUCGAAGUAAUUUAAGAAUGUCACUUAAUCUGCAACUUUAGAAACCCUGACCAACGUGUCCUAGCAUUUGUUUUAAAGUGCUGGAGUGGACCAGCCGGGUGGGAUUUACUGCAUGCAGAUAUGUGAUUUCUCUGCACACCAUGCCAGACAAUCUGUAUGGGGAAUCUCACCCAUCUGGUACCCUAAAUAGGAUGAAAAAAAAGAUAUAUUUUAAGCGCUCCUAAACUCAGGUCUGUCAGCAGUUUGUUUGAGACGGAGCAGUCAGCCGACACCUGAAAGGAAAAUCACAGCAGCAGCAGCAGAAGAAGAAGAAGAAGACGACCCCAGCCGGGACCGGCCUGCCGGAGGGGAUUCCAACUCUCCGUCUCUGACCCUGAACUUCAUAAAAGAGAAAGAAAAGGGGCAGUUGGGGUUUGAAAAGCAGACUGAGGGGCGAGUUGGAAGUCCAAACUUCUUACUCGGCACCAGUAAAAAAAGAAAGAAAAACUGUGGCCCUUUUUCAUACUGAAGUAGAAGACUUUGACUUAUUUAGAGUCUGGACUCAUCCGGAUGUUGCCGUUUCGGGGCAAAAACAAACACUAAUGAUGCAAACUGACAGAUUUUAAUCAACCAACCAGACGAGGAAGGAACCGGCGCUCGGCUCCUCUCCACAGGUGCUGCUUCUCUGCUCAUGCGAUCUGAACUUUGACCUCCCCCCACCCCCCGACUUCAAGGACCUCAUCAUCAACGCCUUCACCCCGCCUUCCCAAUUCUCCGUGUUUUCCGUCUCCGUCGUGUUUUUCCGCCCUGGAGGUCUUUAGUGCUUUAGGUUUUUAGUGGUUUUAUCGGCGUAUUAAGGUCGUCACAUGUUCACGGUGUUUAUUUGCUCUCGGCGUCGUUUGGGAUUCGCCGCGUUCACUCCUCAUCUCCCUUCACAGUUUGUGUGUUUUUACCCUGAGCCUGAAAAUGGAAACUACUACGUUGUCUGGACGAUAGCAGUCCAGCUGCUGUCCUUUUCUCAGCUGCCACAGUGUUGUCCCCCCCCUCUCCCCCCCCACCCACCCACCACUGCGACAUCGCCCCCUUUUCGCUGCAAAGCGCAAAAGUGAAAAGGCCUUUUUGCAAUUACUUACUUCCAUCCCACUUACUGGCCUGGUGAGCAGGCGGCACCUCGGGCGUUCAUCGGGUGACCUUUUACCUUUUACAGGCUGGAGUGCUGCCAAGAAACAUUCGACUUGAUAUUUGAUCUUUUUGUUGCUUUUCGGGUGUCAGUAUCUGACCCCCCCCCCCCCCCACCUCCUCCCUGUUUGUAUCAUUUUUCAUUAAGUCUUGUCCUAAAGGUGACCAACCAGGUCUCUUCUCCUCUCCGAGGACCGACUGGAUCCCCUCGACCAGCAUCGGCACAUCGCACGCGCACGGACGUCGCCCCUCGGCGUACGGAUGACCGACACCGAAUAGAUUUCACGUGAAGAAGAACUCGACGUUAGCGUUUACUACUAUGCACACAAGCCUUUGUGAAGAUUCACCGGUCUUACUUAUGCAGGCGCGAUGCUCUCGUGUGUCAGAGGCCAAAAUAUGUUUUUGUUGUACGAGUCCGUGUGAGCUGAGGACUAAAAGGGGGAACAUCGGAUAUUAUGGAUUUUGUUUUUAAAGUCAACACAAAAAGAGGCGUAUUUCUCAACAUGUUGCAAGUGAAUGAUUAAGAAAGUAGAUCUGAAUACAGAUGAAACCAACCUUCAUGAGUGAGGAGGGAUGCUUUUAACACUUUGUACCUCGGUUGAACGGCUGUUAAAACGUUUGUACUUUGGUUCCGUUCACUUUCAGCUCGGUCUCCUCACAAACAACUUAUUUCCCCAGGAACAGACCUGAAGAAAUGAUUUCAAUUUGGCAUUUGCAGCCGUUUUAUAUUAAGUCGACUGAGCUGACGGGGAAAGGACGUCCACGCUGCAUCACUGCUGCUUUUGUUUCACUAAAAAUCACUGGCUCUUUGAAGAGAAGUGUCUUAUCUGCCAUUCUCACUUCAGAUAUAGCAACUAAAAAAACAUUUAAAUGGUUUUUUUGCUCUUUGUUUUUUCUUCCUGUUCUGGGUUUGAACCUGUUUUCUGUUGUGUGGAUUGAUUGAAUGUUGUCAGUAGUUACCUGUGCACCGUCACCAUGGUCCCAGCUGGAGGACGAGAGGACGGGGGACAAAAUACUUUCUCUAAAUGGCUUAAACAAAGCCAGUAAUCCCAACAACGAUACUAAAAUGGUACCUAUUGUCACUGAAAUAAAAAGGUUAGCUUCUUUUGCACUGCUGACUGUUUGGUGUUUGUGUUUGCACACGUGUGGUGCUGAGGAUCGACCACCAGAUGGCAGUCAAACUCAACCAGUGGUUCCCAAACUAGGGGUCCCGGACCCUCGGGGCGGUCAAAGGAGGAUUUACCAACUUAGAAGGGAAUGAAAAGAAAUGUGUUUUGUUUUUUCUGAAUGAAUGACUGCUUUCACUUCAUCAGCCCAUAAUUAAAUAACAUAAUUAUGCCUAUUUGGCAGAUAUUCAUGUUCCCCAAGAGGAUUAAAAAAUGGUUAUUAUGCUGACAUUCUGAACCGAGAAAAAAUGAAAUCUGCGUUUCGACGUUGUACUUUUCUUUGGUUUGGGAUUCAGACGCUACAAAACAGAUUAAGACAAAUAAGUCAUAUUUAUUUGAAAUUUGUUGGACUUUAGUGAACCGCACGCUGUCAGAAAA